AUGGCUAACAAUGAUGUUCUAGCUGAUGCUAUUAGGCUACUAGCUGAGAACAUGGACCAAAAUCGCAAUGAUAAUCCCGAUCCUGCUGGUGAGAUGUUUAAGAAGCUUGCCCAAGUCAAACCACCAUACUUUGAGGGAGGUAUAGACCCAACUUUUCUGGAGAAUUGGAUUAGGGAGUUCGAUAAGAUCUUUACUGCUUUGAAUUGUCUUGUGAAUAUGAGAGUGGAUCAAGCUGCCAUGUAUUUGAAGGAAGAGGUAGAUAUUUGGUGGAGGGAUAAUGGAAACGUGAUUCGUGCUGAGGCUAAUUUUUCUUGGGAGACUUUCAAAACCAAACUUAGGGAGAAGUUCUAUCCACCAUUCUUAAGGAAACAAAAGGCUCAAGAGUUUAUCAAUCUGCAAAUGAACAAUAUGUCGAUUAUUGAGUACUAUAACAAGUUUAUGAACUUGUCAAGGUUUGUUCCUGAAGUAGUGCCUACUGAGGAGUUGAAAGCUCAAAGGUUUGAGCAAGGUUUGACUAAGCAGUUACAAAAAGACUUGGCUGGAAAGACUUGUAAGACUCUUGAUAAGGUGUAUGGGAGAGCAUCGCACUUGUACGGUCUGAAUGUCAGGAGUGCACCUGAGAGUGGAAGUAUCGAAGAAAAGCGUAAGGAUUUUGGAGAUUCAAGUGACCAAGCUGAGAGACAUUACAACUGCAAGAGAUGUGGCAAGGAUCAUCCUGGAAAAGAUUUUGAUGGGAACUUGGUUGUGUGUAGGUUCUGUAACAAGAAAGGCCACAGGGAGUUUGAGUGGUUCUCCAAAAUGAAGCAACAAGGGAAUGGGAACAAGUUUACUCCAACAAGCAAUCAAAGAGAGAAUUCUAAUGGUUAUAAUGGGAAUGGAAAGAACGAAAAUGUUGGCAACAACAACUCCGAUCCGGGAAUCAAGGAAAGAAUAUCACUACAGGUCGUUUGUCUGUGA